UUCAUUCCAAUUAUUCGAUGGUAACGUAAUAUACUGUGCAUUGCUAUAAAGUGUGCGCAUGGUCAUUGGUGAAGUUCAUAAAGGAAAAAAACGAGGAAGUCAGAAUAGGCCACAGAAUGCGCCGAUAGCGUUCGACGUGAUUAGAUGUCUUCGAUUAUAGAAACAAAUAUCAAUCGGAGAGUAAUGUGCCCGUAAGUUUAUCGUAAUGAACACAAAAUCAGGUAUAGUGUAACCUGGAAGAUUGUGGAUACGAAUAGUCAGAUACGGUAUAGUAGUAAACAUUCCAACAAACAUUGAGGCAUAGUUAAAAUCAAUAUAUAAGGCAUAUAUACAUAUAUAAUAGCCCUACAACUAAAAGGCAUACAACUCUACGCUAGACCGGUGAGUUCCAACACAAAAUAUUGCUUGGUAGUACGGCGGACACUCAAAGCCAACUAACCAUGUCUGUACAAAGUGUUGCUCUGGCAUCUCUCACGGCCACCUAUACCGACUCGGAGGGCGAAGACGGGGUGGAAGACGACCUUCAGGAGAAUUUGAACACUCCCCAGGGGGCCGCCCCGCAUAAUGCCCAAGUCGGUCAGCCCCAGGCUUUCACCAGUCCCAAAUCUGGCAGAUCAGCCUCAAAUAGUCCCGUCGUUGUUCCCAGCGUCGGUGGCAAGUCUAGUAACGAUUUGUCAAAUGCGCCCACCUUAGUGACAGACGUGACGUCUAAGGUGCAGAGAUUGGUUUCGUAUUUUGAUGACACAAUAGUCUCCGACGACGAGGGAGUGUUGCAAACACUGGUCGACGGACAGCCUUCUGAAAAUGGAAGGCUUUCCUCGAUUAUGGAACACUCUCCCUCUUGUCAAGGAGAAUUAGUUUCAGAUAGCGAGGUCGAUCCGUAUGGCGUGAUUAUACCACCAGAACCGGCGGGACAGUGUCCUGUGGAGUUACAGGAGAAGAUAAUGAAACUUUUUAGGAAAAUGGAGAGUGGCGGUUUGGACAUGAAUAAAGUUAUACAGCAAAGAAAGGAUUUUAGAAAUCCGUCUAUUUAUGAAAAACUUAUUCAGUUUUGUAGCAUCAACGAACUGGGCACCAAUUAUCCUCUGGAUAGAUUUGAUCCAUUCAAGUGGGGUAAAGAUUCUUAUUACGAGGAACUCGCCAAGGUUCAAAAAGCUGAAAUGGAUAAACUUGAAAAAGCUAGGAAAGAAAAAACGAAAAUUGAGAUUGUCUCAGGCACAGCCAAGCGACCCAAUAGUUCUAGUGUAACCGAAGACGAUGCCAAGAAAAGAAAGAGUAAAUGGGAUCAAGUGACAACGGGAGCCACUGCCUCCGUAAAGCCUACCGUUUUAUUGUCUCAACCGACUCUUACUACCUUAACGUCGUCCGCGACUGGUACCAAAGCGACGGUAAUAUCGGCUUUCGGAUCCUUACCAAAGAAAAGACUGUAACAUAUUUUGUAAAUCAUUUGUAAAUAUCACCUCUUUUUAAAAAAAAAAAAACCAUACAAAACAUUUCAUCCCUCAUUUAGAUUUAUCGUAAAUAAUUUUAUGUAGAUGUACACGCGCAAUAUAUAAUUGUACAUACAUACCAUCAUUUAUCUGUAAAUCUGUUUUGUCAAAUUUGAUUGUUGGUUUCACCAAUUGUUCAUUUGUCAUUUACUUUAAUGAUUGCAUCAGUCAGUAACGUGCAGUCAUCGUUGGUACAAUAUACCUACAGUAACACAUCGGCGCUAAUCGUUAAUUUACUAUAUAGAACUUUCAGGUAAAAUAUGAAACUGAUACAAACUAAAAAAAAAGGGAUCCAGAAUUGACAAGAUAAAAAAAUCAAGAUAGCGAUUAAAUCGUAACGAAACAAACUAAUAUUUAAUUUGAUUUCUUUUCUGUUCACUUCAGGGUAGCAUUUCACAUAAAUGUAUGUCUAAAUUUAAAGUCCUUUUUCUUUUUAUUUUGUGAAUGUGUACAUCUGUAGGUAUUUACAUAUUACAUGCUCAUUGAUGAACAUUCUCGGAAUACUUAUUUUCUAUAUAAAUCGAUGAACGUUCCAAUAUUGUAAAAUACGCAUACCAUAACAAUGUGCUGCCAUGCAACAAAAUUAAAAAUCGAUCAAAUUUUCUCCACUUUAAACGGACGCGGAAAAAAAAAUUAUUUGUAAUCGUAAUCUUCAAGAAACAAUGUUAGUGAUUACUAAACGUGGAUUAGGGCUUAUUUCAUUUCUUGUAAAUCUAAAUAAACGAUUUUUAGUUAUACUUUUA